CUCCUCCCCCACGUGGAUGCUGUGCAUUAAUUGGAAUCCUCCUUGGAAGCAAGAGGAUAAUGUACAGUGUAGCCUACAGACAAGAGCAAGCCCAUUCCGACAGCGUGUGGGGCGUGGCCUGGACUCGGAAUGAGACCCUGGACCAGGAGCUCAUUGUGUCUGGCUCUGUCGACAACACAGUCCGAGUGUGGGCAUGGGAUGAUGGGAGGUCCCUAUUGGAACCAAAGUGGACUUUUGAGGGGCAUCAAUUGGGAAUCGUCUCCGUGGCAACCAACCAAACUGGAACAGUGGGAGCCAGCAGUGGUCUGGAUGGUGGUAUCAGGACAUGGGACCUCACCACAGGAGAAUGUGUCAGGAGUAUUGACGGAGGUCCAGUGGAUGUGUGGACACUCACCUUCUCCCCUGACUCACAGUUCAUAGCAACUGGUAGUCACAAUGGUAAGAUCAACCUAUUCAGUACAUCGGAAGGAAAGAAAGCCAGUUCUCUGGACACUCGCGGCAAAUUCAUCAUGAGCGUCACCUACGUGGGUCACAUGACAUCAUGUGAUCCCAUUAACCCCUCUCCCACUAGAGUCCGGAUGGGAAGUUGAUAGCGAGUGGUGCGGUGGACGGAAUCAUCAACGUAUUUGACGUGGCCACUGGAGCCCUCCUGCACACUCUGGAGGGUCACGCCAUGCCAGUCAGAUCUCUCUGCUUCUCUCCCGAUUCCCAGCUUCUCGUUACCGCCUCUGACGACAGGGACAUGAAGAUAUAUGACGU